CAUCAUAUUGCACAACAACCACAUGACAUGUCUGAUGGAAAUAGCGCUGAUGAUGUUGGCUGUUGGUUGACAUCCAAGUGCUCGAUCGUUACGACCUUUUUUGUGGUCCUUCUCUUUGUUUAUUACAGAUAUGCCACCUGGACGCACGACACUUUCAAGAAGCUAGGCAUCAGAGGGCCUAAGCCAUGGCCCGGUUUGGGAAAUUUUGUGAGCCUCUAUAGGACGGGCAUGCUGAAAUACGAUGUCGAAAUGAAGAAGAAAUAUGGAUCAAUAUAUGGGGUUUUUUUCGGCAAACAGCCAUUCAUGGUGGUUUACGAUACAGCCAUCUUGAAGCAGAUCAUGGUUAAAGAUUUCCAGUAUUUCCCUAAUCACUUCGACAUGGGCUUACUUCCACCUCCAAUGGACAAAGCCCUAUCUCUCCUGAAAGAUGACCAUUGGAAAUUUGUCAGGAGUGUGGUCAGCCCGACCUUCAGCAGCGGAAAGAUGAGGAAGAUGUCUGGGCAGAUCAACAAAUGCUGCCAGACUCUGUGUGAGAACUUGAGCAAGGAGGCUGAGAGCAAGAAGAUUUUCGAUUUCAAGAUUAUAUGUGACGCAUUUACAAUGGAUACCAUUGCCAGCACUGCCUUCGGUGUAUCCAUCGACUCCCAUAACGAUCCAAACAAUAUUUUUGUCCUGAUGGCUAGAAAAGUUUUUAAAGUUAAAAUGACUCUUGGGGGGAUUUUGUUGCUGGUGGCCCCAUUCUUAGUUAAACCACUAAUGCGUCUGGGCGUCCCAAUGUUUGAGAGAGAUUUUAUAGAGUUUUUCACAGAUGUCGCUAAAAAGGCCAUCAGCCAAAAAGACAGUGCGGACGAUAAAAGACACUUGGAUUUCCUGCAAAUACUACUAAACGCUCACAAAGAAAACGCCAGAGAUGAAGACGGUUUAUCGGAGGAAGAGAUUCUUGCCCAGUGUCUGCUUUUCUUCUUAGUCGGGUUCGAAACCACUUCAACGACUCUAUCUUACUUCGGCUACAAUAUGGCGUGUAAUCCAGACCAGCAGGAAAAACUGUAUGAGGAGAUUGUGGAAAAGAUUGGCGAUAAAGAGCCGACAUACGACUCAAUCUUGCAACUUUCUUUCCUUGAUAUGUGCCUAAAUGAAACUCUGAGAAUGUUUCCGAUUGGUGUCAGGUUGGAAACGGACAGGCAGGCCACAGAAGAUGUCACGAUAAAUGGAGUGCUUAUUCCAAAAGGCAUGGUUGUACUAAUCCCAAUCUACGCCAUACACAACGAUCCGGAAUUUUGGCCGGAACCUCACGUCUUCAAACCUGAAAGGUUCUCUCCAGAAAAUUGGAAUCCAAGUACCAGCGACCCCUUGCGUUUCAUGCCCUUCGGGGCCGGCCCAAGAAACUGCGUGGGCAUGAGGCUGGCCAAGAUGGAGGUCAAGAUGGCCGUCAUCCACAUGAUCCGCAACUUCCGGUUUGUCGUUUCCGAAGAGACUGAUGUACCCCCAGUGUUCGAGAGAUUCACCAUUAAGAACAUCAAUGGAAUAAAAAUCAGAGUUGAAAGGAGAUAAAUCUUAUUAUUAUUAUUAUUUAUUAAUAUUAUUAUUAUUAAAUUAUUAACUAAUUAAUUGUUAUUAUUAUUGUUUAAAUAUAAAUUAUGACGUCAUCAUCAUCGUCGUUGUUGUUGUUGUUAAAAAAAGUCCAAAAAGGCCAAA